AUGCUCUUCUCUGCUUUGCUGGUCAGCCUUGCUUUCUCCUGUAUCGCAUCGGCUGAACCCAUUCCAACUCCCGAUCUCUUGGAUCUCGCUGCUAUCGACGCCCUUGGCCCACCUCCGCCGACACCCACACUUGACCUAGCAGUCACCUCCGAGAUCGUUGCUUUCAACACUGCCUCUGCUGCAUCUGCCGCCGCCGCAGAUAUCACCAACGCCGCUGAUUCAGACAAUACCGUCAUCGUCGCCAACAUCCAAUAUUCGGCCAGUGGGAAUUCCACCUGGGACAGCCAGUGGAUGGGGCUUGCGGAUACGCCUUCGGGACAAGUUGGUGGUCUAGUCCAACCUGUGAGCAAGAUUCAGGCAGCAACGUUUUUCAGAGACCCUAGCGGACUGUUGUACUCUGCGGAUCUUGCCACCAUGAAAUAUACUGGUGUACAAAACUAUUUCGCAUCCGAAUGUCUCUUAUUCACACCUAGCGAUACCACGCUUCCCUGGGGCUGGUCGACGGUACCGGUGACCAUCAGUUCGACGAACACCCUCAAAAACGGCUACGUGAUCGACCCGACGUACCCUGACUUUGUUCUCUUACGAGAUGAAAGUUGUGUCUCGGAGGUCCAAUGGAGUCCACAGGGCGGAUACUUCGAUCCUCAGAAAUACACCACAAUCACUUUGAACGUUAUCAAGACCGGUACCUGCCCAGGGAAAGUAUGCAAGCUGCUUCCAGCAGGUCAGGGACCUGUGCCAUACCCUGAUACGCCCACCAACUUCCUUGCCCUGAGCGACUUUGCCAGCGCUGCCAACAGUGCCGUUACCCCAUCUGGCUAUCAACAAACAUUCGCUAACCUACAAGCGUCGAACAACGCAAACGGCUACCUUGGGUACACCAACCUUCCAACCUACGACGUCGACAGUUGCUCCAAGAAGUGCAAUACCAUCAUCGGCUGCCAAGCCUUCAACAUUUACUUCGAGCGCGAUCCAAAGGUAGAGCCAGGCAGUGGAGACAAUUGCGACAACNCCCCUAGCACCACCAAUAUUAAAUGCUCGUUCUGGGGUGGCCCAGUGUCCAAAGACAACGCAGUGAACACUGGUCAAUGGCGCAAGAACUUCCAGAUCGUCAUCGCCGGAUCCAAUGGUAAGUCUCUAAUGAUACUCACACCUUCCGUUCUUGCACUUCUCGCUGCGUACUCCCUUACAUCUCCUCACUCGGCCGCCUACUAUGGCAACAGCAUCAUGGUGCCUCCCACAACGGACUGCUCGUCCAGCAAUCCCACUCUUGCCUGGCAGCUCUACAACGACGGCACGCCCUUCUCCGCUUCCAGAUGUGCCGCCGCUUGCGAUGCCUACUCCGCUCAAGCCCAAUCCAAUGCCACUGCCUCUGGUACUACCAACCCUGUGUUGUGCAACUACUUUAACACUUUCAUUCUCAACAAGGGUAAACAAGCUUUGGGACAGAUGUGUUAUCUGUACAGUCAACAAUUCAAGUCGAGCAGGGCUACAGCAAAGACACAAAUCGACAGUAGCGGAAACGCCUACACGUAUUCCUUCAGUUAUGGUUUUGCACGCUCAAAUGUAGCCGGUAGUUGUGGUGCCAACUACUGA